CGUCAGUGGUUGUUUUUGUGAUCGACACCACGGGGAGCAUGAGUAAUGACAUCCUUGAAGCCAAGAGAGUCGUCUAUGAGAUCAUAGACAGCAAAAAGGGAACGCAGGAUGAGCCCUCCCAGUACAUCCUGGUCCCAUUCAACGAUCCAGAGUUUGGACCCCUGAUAAAAACGACAAACCCUAAUGUUAUGAAAGCAGAGAUCGCUAACCUCACGGCUGAGGUGGAGACCUCCCUGAGAUGUGCCUAUCGGGGCUCCAGUUGGCGCUGACCGGUGCCCCUGCGUCGUCCAACAUCUAUGUUUUCACAGAUGCCGUUGCUAAGGACAUUGAAUUAAAGGAAACGAUCGUGGCCCUGAUCAGGAGCACCAAGUCAACCGUGUCUUUCUUCAUGACUGGUGAUGGUGCUGGUGCUAGAAGGAGGAGGCGUGGAGUAGAGUCCAGCGAAGCUACAUUCGAGACCUACAAGGACCUGGCGCUGGCGUCUGGUGGUCAGGCAAUCAGGGUCACCAAGGAAAAUCUGCCCCGGGCCACUGACGUCAUCAUCGACUCCUCCACCUCCGCUCUGGUGAUAGUCCUACAGCGAGCGAGGAACCCAGGCAGAGCUGAGACAUUCUCCUUCCUGCUGGACGAGUCUCUGAACAGCAUCACCAUCUACAUCACUGGAAAGUCCCUCACCUUCACCCUGAAGAACCCUGCAGGUGUGACCCAGAAACAGAAUGAGGCCAACGGGGAACUGGGGACUGUCCAGACGGUGGGCAACCUCUUCCGGGUCCGUCUGGCCUCCAACAAACAGACAGGAUUAUGGGAAAUCAGCAUGAACUCCAACCAGCCCUACACACUGAAGGUCACUGGUCAGAGUACCAUUGCCUUCAUUUAUGACUUUGUGGAGACUUUCGAGGGACCUCAUCCAGGAUACGCCCUCAUCUCUGGCCGUCCACAAGCAGGCAUGCCUGCCAUGUUGUUGGUAUCGGUGUUGGGCAGAAAGGGCCCAGCCUCUGUCAAGGUGACCAACGUUGCCUUGGUGACAGUGUCAGGGUCAGAGGUCGUAGGCGGGGCCCUGGAAGACAUGGGCAACGGGAAGUUCCUAGUUACGGUAACCAAGGUCCCUGCGGGGGAGUUUGUGUUGCUGUUGAACGGGACAGAUGUGGUCUCCUCCACCGUGUUCCAGAGACAGUCCACCACUCAGAUGUCUGUCUCCAAGGUUACCAUCAAGGCCGUGGUGGACAGAAGCAUGGAGCCUGGUAAACCCUUCACCCUUCCCUUCACCGUCAGGACCGAUGCCACUGGAGGCAGCUACAAAAUCAGUGCCAGAAACGACCGAGACUUCAAAAUGAACGUCCCUAGCAGCAUCGCUGUGACCACCGGAGGAAACGCCACCGGUGAACUGACCAUCACGGUGCCCGCCAACACCCCCUCAGGAACAGACGUCACCGUGACCAUUGAGGCUGUGGCCCCCGGGGCGUCCGACUCCAACUACGCCGUCCUGCGCCUCUCUGUCGUCACCAAGGUGACAGAUUUCACCCCUCCCCAGUGUGAGAUGGUUAUCGCCUCGUCGGUCGACUGCCCAGCUGACCCAGCAGUCUGCAGCUCUGCUUUCUGGCAGCUCUCUGCCAACCUGACCGACGGUGUCAAUGGCACGGGCAUCACCAGCCUCAAACACCGCCAGGGAGCAGGCAGCCUCACCCACACGGAUCUGAAGCAGACGGUUGUUGCAGCAGCAUUCAACGCUUCGUGCUGCUCUCUGACAGUGGAGCUGGUGGCGGUGGACAAAGCCAUGAAUGUCGGUACCUGUUGGUUUUCCAUCGUCCGCAACGCAGGACCGCCCUACAUCGCUCUGUCCCUCCCACUGUUGGUGUGUCUGCUGGUCUCUGCCUUCUUCACUACGUCCUUCACUGACUUACUUAUCUGAUUUUAACCUCAUGGACUGACUGACUGCCAACCUGAUACUACCUCUUAAACUUAAAGAAGAUACAUUUCUCAACCAACUUUCUAUUUUUGAUGUAAUUGGCAUGUUUAUAGAAGGGUUCAGAAUACCUGUUUUGUGAUUUCACCUGUUUUUGAGAACUUAUCCCAAAUAGCAAAUGACUUCCUCAUCCUCGUUGUGUAGUAUGAGGCUCUGAAAAAACACGAACAAAGGCUCCAAAAACAACCAAAUACGUCCUUUUACAAACGGCAAAGAUCUCAGUAUAGUGACGCAGGUCUUUAGAUGUUGUACACAUGAAAUUGUACCUUUCAGAACUUUAUCCGCAAUAUUAUAUUCCUUUUUUGCUCCACUCGAGACGUUUCCCCUCCUAUAUCGGGUGCUUUGCCUUAACUUUCUGAAGAUCAACAGAGUUUUAUCCUUUCGACAGGAGGGGAUUUUGUCUUUCUUUAAACUUUCUUUAUUUCAUCAAACGAUUAUGAUUCUGUUUAAAUUUUUAUAUAAAUGAUGAUUGCUGAAGGUAUCACUUAACCAUAAAGCUCCCCUCUACAUGUGAUUCUAAAUGCCUACUGCUUGCUAAAGCUAUUUCUCAACUAUAAAAACAAUGUUUCUUUGCAGGAUCCUUGUCCUGACUUUCCAGAAUCCCUGAAUUGCCUCGCCUUGAUUUUCUGAUUGGCUGGAUACAAGUUUCAACAUCCAAUUAUUUCAGAUCUACUAGAGUGCAAGUUUCACUGUGGCACCGUGGCGAUACGUUGGCACAUGAUGAUCAUUAUUAGAAUAUGACAAAUAUCAGUCAAGUCUUGCGUUCUAUUCAUGCUGGCUUUUGCCUGAGACGUGAAACAGAUCGGUUGGAGGGCAGACAGACGAUCACCAAUGUAUUAAUUGCCAAUUUGCCUAAAUGGUUAAUGGAAACACUUCAACCACAACGUUUUUAUUCAACCCUAUAGGUGUGAUGUCAUUACGUCCAUCUGUUUUUAUCGACGCAAGACAGUUCAGUGGAAACGCACCGUAGCAGGUCACUUUCUAAAUGUCUACAAAACAUCACCGGGCAAGUUAAUGGAAACAUAGCUAGUGAUGGCGCAAUUGGGCAUCAGGUUGCUGUAUGAUAUGAUAAGGAAAGCUAAUAUGUUUAUUAACACCAGGUGUUGUUAGAUCUGGCAGGCAUCUGCAAAGUUUUCAUCUGGGAACGUACCCAAGGCCACCAUGAAAAUGAAUGUUUCUCGUGUAAAAAAGAGCCAGCAGCUUCUCUCAAGGCAAUUUCUCAACAUGUUACUUGCACUGUAGUAGUGAUGUUUUAAUGUUUGUCUCCAGUUUACCUCUCUGGCGUGAAUAAAAAGCUCUGCUGUCCUGCUGCA